AUGCAUGCGUUGUCCACUUGCAAUAGGAUACGAAUUUUAAUUUCUGCUACUCUCACUCUCUCGCGGGACGAGCGCCGCUUCGCUCGAUUAAAUCACGCCCGUUUUUUUUUCUCCCCGCAGGAGUACUCUGUACAGUUAACAUUCCGGGAACAAUGGCUGGACGAACGACUGCGGUUCAGCGACUACGGAGGUCGUCUAAAGUAUUUAACGUUGACGGAUGCGAGUCGCGUUUGGAUGCCGGAUCUGUUCUUUUCGAACGAGAAGGAGGGACACUUUCACAACAUUAUCAUGCCGAACGUAUACAUUCGUAUUUUUCCCAAUGGUUCCGUUCUGUACAGCAUACGGAUAUCAUUGACGUUGUCAUGCCCGAUGAAUUUGAAACUGUACCCCUUGGAUCGACAAGUUUGCUCAUUGCGUAUGGCGAGUUACGGUUGGACAACCGACGACUUGGUAUUCCUGUGGAAAGAGGGAGACCCUGUCCAAGUUGUUAAGAACCUGCACCUACCACGGUUCACGUUGGAGAAAUUUUAUACCGACUAUUGCAACAGCAAGACGAACACCGGAGAGUACAGCUGCCUGAAAGUUGACUUGCUGUUCAAGAGGGAAUUCAGUUACUAUCUUAUUCAAAUCUACAUUCCCUGCUGCAUGCUUGUCAUUGUGUCCUGGGUAUCGUUCUGGCUCGAUCAAAGCGCCGUGCCGGCUCGAGUUUCACUUGGUGUGACCACCUUAUUGACGAUGGCUACGCAGACGUCAGGAAUAAAUGCCUCACUGCCACCAGUCUCUUAUACAAAGGCUAUCGAUAUUUGGACAGGCGUUUGCUUGACUUUCGUAUUCGGCGCGCUCCUCGAGUUCGCCCUAGUGAAUUACGCGUCGCGUAGCGACAUGCACAGCGACAACAUAGAGAAGAAAUAUCCACCGUCUGAAACCGAGCAAUCCACGUCGAUGGAUUUACCAUCUGAUCAAGUCGAACCAGACAAUUCGUCGAAUUUCGCUAUGACCGGAUAUGAUGGACCACUUCAAAAUUCUCUACAGAAACCUCUGGUCCGACAACCGGAGGACACCAUGUCGAUGGAUAGGAUGCAGCACUGCGAAUUACAUAUGCAACCACGAAAAAAAAACUGCUGCAGGUCGUGUGUCCAAGUUCCCGACGAGGUCCAAGCGCAUCGACGUCAUCUCACGGAUCUUCUUCCCCAUCGUAUUCGCUUUCUUCAAUCUCGCGUACUGGUCCACGUACCUGUUUCGGGAGGAAGAACAGGACGAGUGAACGUCGACGAGGAAGCGCUCGGAUCAAGGAACGUGGCUCGCGGCCAUUCCCAUCAUACCCACAUCACCAACCCUUCAACAACCACCACCGCCACCAUCGCCGCCACCACCGGCAACAAACCUCAUCAUCGUUCUCGUCCUCGCCACCACCAUCAACACCAUCAGCAACCACCACCGCCACCGCAACCACCCCACCAUUGUCACCUGCAUCAACACCACCAACAUUAUCAACACCAACACAGUAACAUUCAGCAACAACAACAGCCGCAACAACACCUGCAGCUGCAGCAGCGGCUACAACAGCAGCAGCAGCAGCCGCCGCCCCCGCCGCCGCCGGCACCGUCGUCGUUGCUUCACCAACAUCAUCAAACGUUGCCCUCGCACCACAGGCACAAACAGCAUCACCAUCCGCAACGUUACCACCUGCAUCAACACCCGCAUCAACAGCAGCAACCGAGGUCAGCGUCGUUCUCGUCGCUGCACAACGUGAUCGAAGGGACGACGACCAUCACCGGCUGCCGUUGCACGUCGCCCACGACGAGGAGCUCGCGUCACUCGUUGAAAAGCCUCGCGAGGUCCUCGCCAUCGCCCUCGCCCUCGCCCACACCCACACCCACACCCACACCCUCCCCAUCGCCCACUACGUCUCGCAGAGCGACGCCGUCACCGCCCGCGGCGACUGUCCGCGCGAUCCCGCCGCACGACACCACCGUACGCAGCCGUUUUCAACGACUUCCGGUACCACCACGCGGCGGCGUACCCCACGCAGCCGAGCCGAGGUGCUGCUGGGGCCUUCUACCGAAACGUUGGUUCACCUGCCGAGCGAAAGGCACCGCCGGGAUCGACUUCGUCUCGCGUAUCGCUUUCCCUCUCAUGUUUUUGCUCUUCAAUCUCGGAUACUGGUCCACCUAUCUGUUCCAUGGUGACGACGCUGUGCAGAGCCAGAAUUAAAACAGAAACACCGAGAGAGAGAGAAAGAGAGAAAGAGAGUGAGAGAGAUUCUUCUUCUCUCCGCGGUUCUCUCUCACACGCUGCGUCACCUGGGGAAAACGGAGGAGAACGGAGAACGAGAGGAGAACGACACACACGUGGAGGGUGGCGGUGACGUGGGUCGAUACCGUUUGUAUCAUUCUUUUUUCAUUUACAGCGAAGCAACGCUCCAGACUAUGAACGAUUGUCCGAGGCUGACGAAAACCACCACACGCCUUUCUGAAUAUCGUCCAAGGUCUGAAGCGUUAUCGUCGUUGUAAUUGAAAAGGAACAAAAUUACAACAGAUCCCAGCGAACGUGCCGUCGAAAGUCUGUCUGGUUCUCUGUUCGGGACAUACACACCGCGCUAGUUUCGAACCAAGGGGAGGGGGGGGGGGGGGGGGGGAGAGAGGAAAUGAAUCGCCUCGCGACGAAGUUUUACGUUUUCGUCGUCGAGGCAAGGGAGCGAGAAGGAAGGCAGCUUCUCUGUUCUCGAGGAAAGCUGAGCGCGAAAGAGUGGGAGAGAAAAAGAAAAAAAAAAAAAAAGGAGGAUCGGUACGCGCGGAGAAUGACGAAGGGUCAAAAACCUUGGGAGAGAGGAAGGUGAGAGGGAGGGAGAGAAAGAAGGGUGCAAUCUCUCGACAGAGAGGAGACUUUUCAAUAAUCCGUGCCUGAAGUAUCGACGACCACAUUCAAAAAAGACCAAAUGGAAAGCGCAACGAAGAAGUAACAACGCUCGGUACGGUAGGAACUAGUCGAACGAGAUAUUAUAUUAUAUAUAAAUUGACGAAGGUAUAUAUAUAUAUAAUAUACAUAUUGCAUAAAAACGAGAGAGACGCGAAAACGGAUGUGAAACGAAAAAAGAAAAAAAAAAAAAAAAAUGGUGUAAGGAUCACAAGCUCUUAUGCGACCGUAUGCAUGUUAUAAUUAUACACACACACAUGUACACGUACACACGGACACAGACACACACAAACACACACACACACACACACACCUCUGUAACAUAUAUAUAUAUAUUCGGAAGACCGCGUGCCACAGGAUGAUAAAUCAAUGUAGUGGGCCCUGUAUAGCCACGGCCUGUUAACGAACUACAUGCGAAUAAAUUUAUAAAUAAUAUAACGUAACUUAUAAUUGACGACGGAAGCGAGGGAAGAAAGGAAAGGGAAGAGAGGAAAUGGAAGAGAAGAAGAAAAAAGGGAGGGGGGAGGGGGGAAACAUCGUCGAACGCGAGCAAGUGAUUCCUGUGUAUAAAAAUGGAGAGAAAAAGAAAAAAGAAAAAAAAAAAAAAUGAUCCUCAGUCUGAACGGGAUUUUGAAUAACACGAGUGUCGGUGUUAGGCUAUACUGUUGACGUUGACCCGAGUUGUGAACCAAAAAAAAAAAAAAAAAAAAAAAAAAAGAAGAAGAGGGAGGACGAAGAAGA